AUGCUCAUCGGCAACCAGUGGUUCCUUCAACUUUUGAUGUCCGGCAAAAUUGAACUAGGAGAAGGUCGUCCAACACUUUGUGAAACAAAGCUUGGUUGGGUUUUUGGCGGAGCGAUUGGCGUUGGCACAGGUUUUGAAGGAGUGGUUCGAGCACAAGCUAUAACCAUUGAAGAGCUUAGUGAGUCUAUACAAAGGUUUAGGGAGGUGGAAAGCGUGCCACAACAAUUCCAAAUCACUACCGAGGAAGAAUUAUGCGAGAAGCAUUUUUUGGCCACCCACUAUAGGAAUGCGUCUAGAAGAUACGUUGUUGAACUGCCUUUAAAGGAUGACGUGAAUGAGCUCGGCGACUCCCGUUUGAUGGCAUGGCGAUUCGAUCAACAGCCAUAUUUGAAGCGGCAAUAUAUCGAAUUUAUGGAUGAAUAUGAGCGUCUUGGGCACUGCAAGGAAGUGUUUGAAAGGAAUGAUACACAAGGAAUGUUGAAGUGGUACCUACCCCACCACGCCGUUCUUCGCCCAUCAAAUACUACAACCAAGUGUAGAGUGGUGUUCGAUGCUUCGGCAAGGGUACUUGGUCGAUCUCUGAACGAAAUGAUGAUGGUUGGUGCGAUUUGCCAAAACGAUUUGCUAGCAAUAGUUCUUGGAUUUCGCAUCCCCCAGUACGUUUUGACCGCUGACGUGGAAAAAAUGUAUCGGCAGAUUGACGUCGCAGAAUGCCAUACUCCGCUGCAAAGAAUCUUUUGGAGAAAGAAUUCCUGCGAUCCAUUACGAGUCUUGGAGCUCAAGACGGUUACGUAUGGCACAGCAUCGGCACCAUUUUUAGCCACUAGAACAUUGACACAACUGGCUGUCGACGAGAAGUUGCGAUACCAGGUAGCUGCAGAGAUCGUAAAUAAAUGCUUCUACGUAGAUAACGCGUUAUUUGGGUUCGAUGACAUAGAUGAAGCUAUUGAAGCACAAAAGCAGCUAAUAGAAAUGUUAAAGCACGGAGGGUUCCAUUUGCACAAGUGGUCAGCUAACAGCAAGGAGCUGAUGGAAAGGAUACCUGAAGAUGAUCGAGAAAAACUUGUUAGCAUUCACGAUUCUGGAGUUAAUGAAAUUAUCAAGCCCUUGGGACUGAUGUGGAAACCAGAUAGCGACGAAUUACUUUACCUUUCUUUGCCAACAUCAGACAUCGAGCACCCAACGAAGAGACAAGUAUUAUCGCUACUUUCGACGAUGUUUGAUCCUCUGGGCUUAGCAGCUCCAGUAAUAGUUCUCGGAAAGCUUCUUAUGCAGAUGGUUUGGAAGGAGAAAUCUGACUGGGAUGCGCAAAUCUCAGCGGCUCUAUUACAACAGUGGAAGUUAUUUCUAAGUGCACUAGAGGAUUUGAGUCAGCUGAGGAUUCCCAGAAGAGUGGUAGCGGCUAAUGCUAGUGCACAUGAACAAACGACAUCUAUUGGAAUGGUCCUACUUUUUUAA